AUGCACUUUCCCUUACAGUUUGUCAUCAUCUUUCAAGAAAAUAUAGCACUCAUCUCUUUGUUAGAAUAUUCCAGCUGUCCUCUUACACGUGACCGUUUUCUUUCUCUCUUAUGCAGCUCUACACACAACUGCUACCACAUUCCAUUUUUUUUCUUUUUACAUUUUUCUACAUUUGUACCUUUACCUCCAUCCAUUUCCAUUUCUUCCUCCACUUUCAUCUCUCGUUCCAUCUAUUCUCCUUCCUACAUCUCCACCCCUUUCUUUAUUUUCACAAUUUCCUCCUUCACCUCUUUCUCCAUCUCCACUCCUCCCUUUUUAUAUCUACAAUUUCCUCCACCUCCACUUCUUCUUUCAUUAGCACCUCUUUCUUUAUCCUCCAUCUCUACCUAUUCCUCCAUCUCCUUCUUCGAUUUCCAAUCCUUCCUCAAUCUUGACCCUUUUUUUUAUCUCUGUUUCUUCAUCCAUCUCCACUUAUUUUUCACCUCCAAAUUUUCUUCCAUCUCCACUCCUUUUCCGUCAUUUUUUUUCUCUACCUUAAACAGAUCCCACUUUUUCUUUGCAUCUUUCUACAACCAAUUCUGUUGGAUUUCUUCUCCUCAAUUUUUCCAACUCAACAUUAUUCUUUCAUUGCUCAUACAUUAG